AUGGCUGUUCCCAAUGGACAUGCGGUCCACGCGCCCGCUAUUGCAACCCGUCCUUUAAUUCUCGCCUUUGGACAAAUUAGAGUUUCUAUCCCAGUUUCUACACAAGCAGACCAGUGGAUCGCCGCAGAGGUUCUGCGUGAUGAAUUCACACAUAUCCAAUCGCAACUAGACGCGGUCGACAGCACGGCCCAAUUAGAAAACGAGGCAGAGGCCACCGUAGAGCUAUCUGCACGCUUCCUCGCCCACGUCGCGGCGAGUAUUAAACAAGACUCCCAGUCCAGCUCAGCACGCACCUCGCUGCUCCUCAACGUGCUUAAACACUUCACGUCAUCAUACCUCGCGACAAAGGAUGUCCAUACCCUUGUAUCAUCUUACGAUACCAUCACGCGCAAGACCGUCCUUGCUGCCUAUUUCAGCGCAGUCGCUGCUCUCCGCGAGCAACGCGUAUCUGCCAUCCCAUCCCAACCAGAGUCCGCCCUGCUCUCCGCCCCCGCCACCGGCAACGCCUCCAUUUUUGCCCUUUUCGGUGGACAGGGCACCAACGAAGUUUACUUUGAUGAACUCCAAAAUUUAUACGAUAUUUACACACCUUUUGUUGCAUCCUUCAUCCAAACCGUCAUCCAGGAUAUCCUCAUCCCUCUUGCUGAGGAGGAGGAAGAAUCGACGUUCUAUACCUAUGGUCUUGACGUGUCGUCGUGGCUUUCUGGAGCAACGCCCCGCCCUUCCACCGCAUAUCUGGCCUCUGUGCCCGUCUCUUUCCCUCUUAUUGGUCUGACCCAACUGGUCCAGUACCUCAUUGUAUGCCGCGUCGCCAACCUUACCCCUGGCGAGUUGAGAAGCCGCGUCACCGGCGCGACUGGGCACUCCCAAGGAAUUGUUUCCGCUGUCGCAAUUGCCGCCUCAGCGAGCUUUGAAGAAUUUGCCGAAAACUCGCGCAAAGCCCUCAAGUGGCUUUUCUACUCUGGCCUUCGUGGUCAACAAGCUUUCCCUGUUACUUCGCUGGAGUCUGGCAUCGUGCAAGACUCCAUCGAAGGAGGCGAAGGAACCCCUAGCCCCAUGUUGUCAGUUACUGGUUUGAGCUUGAAGGAGCUCGAGCCUCACAUUGCAAAGACCAACAAGCAUCUCGCUUCCAACUCGCAGCUUUUCGUUUCGCUCCACAACGGACCCAAGGCGUUUGUCGUCACCGGUCCAUCAAAAGCACUCUUCGGUCUCGUCACCAGCCUCAGAAAAGUCAAAGCCCCCAGUGGCCUUGACCAGAGCAAGGUACCCUUCUCCCAGCGCAAACCAGUCUUCUCCAUCAGGUUUUUGGUUGUUGGCGUUCCGUACCACAGCGACUAUAUGGCCGAGGCGACUCAGAAGCUCAUUGAAGAAGAUUUGGAGGGUGAGGAGCUUUGGCAAGCGAAGGACAUCAAGAUUCCUGUCUACAACACAGAAGAUGGCUCCGAUAUGCGCGAGCUCAAGACCUCGAUCACGCGUUCGCUGUGCGAACAGAUCUUCACGUCUCCUAUCCACUGGACCAAGGCGACUGCUUUCCCUGAAAGCGCGACCCACGCUAUUGAUUUCGGUCCCGGUGGGCUAAGUGGUAUUGGCCCACUGACCGCUAAGAACUUUGAGGGGCGCGGUGUCCGUGUCAUUGUCGCCGGCGAGAAGGCAAAAGGUGAUGUCGAGAUCUUUGGUUCUUCAGGCAUCACAUACGAGGAAUGGUGGAGCAAGAAAUGGUCGCCCAGUCUCGUCCGCACUAGCGAUGGCGAGCUGCACAUCGACACUCCCUUCUCUCGCCUCCUGGGCAAACCUCCCAUCAUGGUUGCUGGUAUGACGCCCUCGACCGUCAAGGCGGGCUUUGUCAGUGCCGUUUUGGAUGCUGGUUACCACAUCGAAUUGGCUGGUGGAGGCCACUACAACCCAGCUGCCUUGCGCUCCAAGGUGGCCGAAAUUCAGAAGCAAAUUCCUGCCGGUGUUGGUCUCACCCUUAACUCCCUCUAUAUCAAUCCCCGCCAAUUUACCUUCCAAUUCCCUCUCUGGCAAGAGAUGCGCAAGGAGGGUCUGCCCAUCGAAGGUUUCUGUGUUGCCGCUGGUAUUCCUACCACCGAGAAGGCCAUUGAGAUCAUCGAGGGUUUGAAAGCUGCUGGUAUCAAACACGUCGCGUUCAAGCCGGGAUCGGUCGACGGCAUCCGCCAAGUUAUCAACAUCGCUGCCGCCAAUGCGGAUUUCCCUGUCAUCAUGCAGUGGACGGGAGGACGUGCUGGAGGACACCACUCGUUCGAGGACUUCCACCAGCCUAUACUCUCCACAUACCGCGCCAUUCGUCAACACUCUAACAUUGCCCUCGUCGGUGGUUCUGGGUUCGGGUCGGCGGAUGACGUCUGGGAGUAUUUGACGGGUGACUGGUCUGUUGCGAGGUUUGGCGUCCAGCCUAUGCCUUUCGAUGGUUUCCUGUUCGCCAGUCGCGUCAUGGUGGCCAAGGAGGCCCACACCAGCUCUUCUGUCAAGGACUUGAUUGUUGCUGCUGCUGGUGUCGAGGACAGCGCAUGGGAAGGGACCUAUUCCAAGCCUACCGGUGGCAUCCUUACCGUUCGCUCUGAACUCGGGGAGCCCAUUCACAAGGUUGCCACCCGCGGCGUCAAGCUUUGGAAAGAGUUCGACGACACAGUUUUCAAGAUGCCCAAGGAGAAGAGGACAGUUUGGCUCUCUGAGCGCAAGGAAGAGAUCGUCGGCAAGUUGAACAGGGAUUUCUCGAAGCCCUGGUUUGGAUGGAAGAAGGACGGAACCGUGGCAAUGGAUCUCGGUGAUAUGACAUACGAGGAGACCGUCUUGAGAAUGGUUCGUUUGAUGUUUGUCGCCCACCAGAAGCGAUGGGUAGAUAUCUCUUUGAGAAACCUUGUCGGUGACUGGUUGAGGCGCGUCGAGGAGCGCUUCGCGGGUGUUAACGGAUCGGGUACCAAAGCGUCGAUCCUGCAAAAUUUCUCUAUGCUGGAUGACCCCCUUCCUUUCGUCGAGAAGUUCUUCCAGAGCUACCCCGCCGCGGUUGAUCAGUUGCUCGCUGCGGAGGAUACUGCAUAUUUCCUGGCGAUUUCGCAGAGGCCGGGGCAGAAACCUGUUCCAUUCAUCCCUGUGCUCGAUGCGAGCUUUGAAGUAUGGUUCAAGAAGGACUCUUUAUGGGCUGCUGAGGACAUUGAUGCCGUGUUUGAUCAGGAUCCUCAACGUGUUUGCAUCCUGCAAGGCCCGGUGGCCGUCAAAUGGUCCGUCGUCAAAGAUGAGCCUGUGAAGGAUUUGCUUGGCAAUAUUAACAAGUCGUUGAUCCAACGCUUGCUUGAGCGCAAGUAUGCGGGUGAUGUUAACGCUGUCCCCCUCGUCGACUAUCUUGCUGCUGCACCCAAAUCGGUGCCCACCACUCUUGAAGGCGUCACUCGCACCCAGGUCGGAUCGACGACUACCUUUGAGUUUGGCAAGAAGUUGCCUGAGACGGCUGCUUGGCUUGAUGUUUUGAGCGGCGCUGAGCUUAACUGGCUUCGUGCCCUCCUUACCUCUACGACUAUUGUCCAGGGCACGUCUUAUGUCGACAACCCCCUUCCCCGCAUUCUCGCCCCUCGCGUUGGUCAGAAGGUGACCGUUGCUUACUCUGGAUCCGCGCCUACAACUGUCACUGUGUACGGUGCUGCUCGGUCGUAUGGCGAACACAUUGAGGACUUCAAGGCUGUUGAAAUUUCAUUCGAGCCCAAGACCAAGGCGAUUACUGUUGUGCUCUUUGAAGAGCGCCGCGGAUCGUCCAUCCCCCUCUCCCUUCACUUUGAGUACAAGCCGUCGCAGGGCUUUGCGCCUAUCCAUGAGAUUGCGGCGGACCGCAAUCAGCGCAUCAAGGCGUUCUACUGGAAGCUUUGGUACGGCGACAAUGAGACCUUGCCUGAGAUCGAUAUCAGGGAGAAGUUUGUUGGGCCGGAGGUGACUAUUAAGGCGGAGGAUGUGGAGAGGUUCUGUGCUGUUGUUGGUAAUCAGGGUGAGGCAUUCAAGACUGCGCGUAAUGAGAAGGUGCAGGCUCCUAUGGACUUUGCGAUUGUCACUGGGUGGCAGGCUAUUAUGAAGUCGAUCUUCCCUGCUACUAUUGACGGUGACUUGCUCAAGCUUGUUCACCUCUCGAACGGAUUCCGCAUGGUGGACGGUGCUCAGCCUCUUGCUGUUGGAGAUGUUUGCAAGGCGGAGGCCCGUAUUGUCUCUGUCAUUAACGCGCCUGAGGGCAAGACUGUCAAGGUCAAGGGCUACGUCUAUCGACAAGGCCAGUGCGUCAUUGAAGUUGUUUCCGCGUUCCUUUACCGCGGACGCUUCAAUGAUUACGAGAACACCUUCGACACUACUGAAGAGCCCGACUACUCUGUUCACCUCGAGAACGACGCCGCUGUUGGUGUGUUGAUGUCGAAGGAGUGGUUCGAAUGGGACAAUGAAGCGUCUCCUCUCCUUGCGGGUACAACCCUCGUCUUCCGUAUCCAGUCUCAGGUCUCGUUCAAGGAUAGGACUACCUUCCGUAACGUGUCUGUUACUGGUGAUGUCUUUGUCCGCAACCAGAUCAAGGCUCUUGUCAAGGUUGGUUCGAUUGAGUUCCAGCAAGAUGAUUCGCACGGAAACCCUGUUCUUGCAUACUUGCAACGCCAUGGAUCUCCUCUCGGGCUUACCACCCCCAUCUCGAACGACGGAUACGCCCUUACCAACCCCGAGAUUUCGACCGUUUUCCGCGCGCCGUUGACCAAUGAGCCGUAUUCUAAGAUUUCGGGCGAUUUCAACCCUAUCCAUAUUAACCCCUAUUUCUCCGACUUUGCUUCUUUGCCUGCGACUAUUACGCAUGGGUUGUGGUCUAGCGCUGCUACUCGCCGUUAUGUUGAGAAUAUUGUGGCGAAGGGACACCCUGAACGUGUCAUUGCAUAUAAUGUCAACUUUGUCGGCAUGGUGCUCCCUGGAGACACCCUUGAAGUUAAACUUCGCCAUAUUGGCAUGCGCGAUGGAAACAUCGUUGUCAGUGUCGAGAGCACCAAUGACCGUGGUGAGAAGGUUCUCCAGGGCUCAGCGGAGGUUUCGCAGCCUCGUACUGUCUACGUUUUCACCGGUCAAGGUUCGCAAGAGCCUGGAAUGGGAAUGGAUCUUUACAACUCGUCUCCUGCCGCUCGUGCUGUUUGGGAUGGCGCCGAUGCCCAUCUUCUCGCUGUCUAUGGAUUCUCGAUCGUCGAGAUUGUCAAGGACAACCCGAAGGAAAAGACGAUCCAUUUCGGUGGUAUCAAGGGCCAGGCUAUCCGCCAGAGGUACAUGGAUAUGACGUACGAUACUAUGGAUAAGGAUGGGCACGUCAAGACUCUUCCUCUCUUUGCCGAUAUCGACGUUCGUACACCCAAGUAUACUUUCAGCCAUCCCAAUGGCCUUCUCUUCGCUACCCAGUUUGCCCAAAUUGCACUCGUCGUCACUGAGAAGGCUGCGUUUGAGGACAUGCGCGUCAAAGGAUUUGUUCAGAAGGAUUGCGCCUUUGCCGGACACUCGUUGGGAGAGUACUCUGCUCUUGCUUCGAUUGCUGAUGUUUUGCACAUUUCGGCUCUCGUCGACGUUGUGUUUUACCGUGGUAUCACGAUGCAGCGCGCUGUCGAGCGUGAUUCGCAGAAUCGUUCCAAUUAUGCCAUGUGCGCUGUUAACCCUAGCCGCAUUUCGCCUACGUUCAGCGAUGCAGCUCUACGUGAGGUUGUUGAUUCUAUUGCGACCAAUUCGGACACGUUGCUUGAGAUUGUCAACUAUAAUGUUGAGGGUCAACAAUAUGUUUGCGCUGGAGAACUUAUUGCUCUGCAGACUAUGACGAACGUCUUGAACUUCCUCAAGGUUCAGAAGAUUGAUAUUGCCAAGUUGACCGAGACCUAUUCAGUCGAGAAGGUGAAGGAGAUGCUUGGAGAUAUCGUCAAGUCGUGCUUCGAGAAGGCGCAGGAGCAGCAGAAGGCUGAAGGGUACAUUAAGCUGGAGCGUGGAUUUGCUACGAUUCCUCUCCCUGGUAUUGAUGUGCCUUUCCACUCGCGUUACCUCUGGGCUGGUGUGUUGCCUUUCCGUGCUUACCUUUCCAAGAAGAUCAACGCGAAGCAUCUCAACCCCGACAUGCUUGUCGGCAAGUACAUUCCUAAUCUUAUCGCCAAACCCUUCCAGGUGUCUCGCGACUACGCGCAGAUCAUCUACGACCAGACCUCUUCCCCCAGACUCGACAAGGUCCUCAGGAAGUGGGAAGAGGAUCAGUGGGAUAGCCCCGAGAACCGCCAACAACUUGCCUACAUCAUUCUCGUCGAGCUCCUCGCCUACCAAUUCGCAUCUCCUGUGCGUUGGAUCGAGACACAGGACCUCCUGUUCACUCGGUUCAACUUUGAACGUCUCAUCGAGCUUGGUCCUUCGCCUACUUUGACUGGUAUGGCUGUUCGCACCCAGAAGGCCAAAUACGAGACCCUUGAUGGAUCCGUCAGCACCACUCGCACUAUUUUGUGCCACUCUAAGAACGUCAAGGAGAUCUAUUAUCAAUACGAGGAUGAAGCUGAGGCCCCAGCGGCUCAGGAGGCUGAGGCUGCCGCUGUUGUUCCUGCUGCAGCAGCUGCUGCGCCAGUGGCCGCUGCUCCCGUCGCCGCUGCCGCCCCCUCUGGCCCUGUCGCGAGCAUUGAAGAUGCUCCUGUCAAGGCCAUUGACAUUCUCCUCGUCAUCGUUGCUCAGAAGUUGAAGAAGCGCAUCGACGAAAUUCCUCUUUCCAAAACCAUCAAAGAUCUCGUCGGUGGCAAGUCGACGCUCCAGAAUGAAAUUCUUGGUGACCUGCAGCAAGAGUUUGCUUCGGCGCCUGAAAAGGGUGAAGAGCUUCCUUUGGAGGAACUUGGAUCUGCUUUGGGUACCGGGUUCAAUGGCACUCUCGGAAAGUACAGCAAUGGGCUGAUUUCUCGUGUUGUUGGAGGCAAGAUGCCUGGUGGUUUCAAUGCUUCCGCUAUCAAGGCCUACCUCUCGAAGACCUGGGGUCUCGGACCGGCCCGUUCUGAUGGUGUUCUCCUUCUCGCGACCACUCUUGAGCCUCCCAAACGUCUCGGUUCCGAAGCUGAGGCCAAGACUUGGCUCGAUGGUGUUGUUGCAAUCUAUGCUCAGCGCGCUGGUAUUUCUCUCUCUGCACCUGGAGCUGCUGGUGGUGCAGGCGGAGGCGGAGGAGGUGCUGUCAUCAACAGCGAGGAGUUCCUCAAGUUCCAGGCCGACCAACAGAAGUUCACUGCUCAACAGAUUGAGCUCUAUAUGCGACAACUCGGUCGUGAUUCUCGUGCUGGUGAGAUUGCUUUCGACAAAGAGAAGGCCGACAAUUUGGCUCUGCAGGCCAAGUUGGACAGCAUUACUCGAGAACACGGUGAUGCUUACAUUGAGGGUAUCCAACCUCGCUUCGACGUUCUCAAGGCUCGCCACUUCGACUCAUCGUGGAACUGGGUUCGCCAAGAUGCUUUGCUGAUGUUCUACGACAUCAUCUUCGGCAAGCUGACCACUGUUGAUCGCGAAAUUACUGCUCGCUGCAUUGCUCUCCUUAACCGUGCCGAUCCCGCCAUGUUGGAGUACAUGCAGUACAACAUUGAUCAUUGCGACGCUUCGAAGGGUGAAACAUACAAGUUGGCGAAGGAGUUCGGCCAACAGCUUAUCGAUAACACACGCGAGGUUCUUGGAAAACCUCCUGUUUACAAAGAUGUCACUUUCCCUACUGCUCCUCACACCGAGGUUACCGAAAAGGGUGACAUUAAGUAUUCCGAGGUCGUCCGGGAAAACGUGCGCAAACUCGAGGCUUACGUCGAGGAGAUGGCAAGCGGCGACACCGUUUCUGGUGCCGUUAAUAUUCAAAAGGUUCAGGAUGACGUUCUCAAAUUGUGGACUGUCGUCAAAUCGCUGCCCGAGAUCAGUUCCGAUCAAAAGAACCGCAUCAAGGCCUUGUAUGAAGGUGUUGUCAAGACCCUCCACAAGUCAUCGGAUCCUCGUCCCGCUCGUGCCAGCACCCCUCGUAGCCGUCGCUCUUCAUCUCAAUUCUUACGUCCUCAGAUUACCGGUGUCAAUGCUGUAACUUCCAUCGAGGCCGAUAAGAUUCCCCUUCUCCACCUUAAGCGCAAAGUUGGAGCCACAUGGGAAUACAGCAGCAACUUGACCGGUGUUUACCUCGAUAUCCUGCACGAAAUCGCCACCUCAGGUACCACCUUCAAGGACAAGAAUGCUCUCUUGACUGGUGUUGGCAAAGGUUCCAUUGGAGUGGAGGUCGUCAAAGGUCUUCUUUCUGGUGGCGCCCACGUUGUCAUAACCACUUCCAGCUACAAUCGCAAGACAGUCGAGUACUACCAAUCCAUCUUCCAGUCGUUCGGUAGCCGUGGCUCCGCUCUCACUGUCGUUCCUUUCAACCAGGCUUCUAAGCAAGAUGUUGAAGCGCUGGUCGACUACAUCUACGCCAACCUCGGCAUGGAUCUCGACUACAUCUUGCCCUUCGCUGGUAUUCCUGAGAAUGGCCGCGAGAUCGACGGCCUUGACGACAAGUCUGAGUUGGCUCAUCGUAUGAUGUUGGUCAAUCUCCUCCGUAUCUUGGGUGCUGUCAAGAACAAGAAGGCCAGCCGCCAGUUCGUCACUCGACCAACCCAAGUCAUCCUUCCCCUUUCUCCCAACCAUGGUCUCUUCGGUAACGAUGGUCUCUACUCGGAGUCCAAGAUCUCCCUGGAGACUCUCUUCCAACGUUGGGCUUCUGAGAGCUGGGGUGAAUACCUUUGCUUGGCUGGAGCUGUCAUUGGAUGGACCCGUGGUACUGGGCUUAUGGGUGCUACCAAUAUCGUUGCUCACGAACUCGAGAGCUAUGGUGUUCGCACUUUCUCCUCGAAAGAAAUGGCCUUCAACAUUCUCGGCCUUAUGCAUCCUUUGCUCUUCAGUAUCACCCAAGUUGAGCCUAUCUGGGCCGAUUUGAACGGUGGAAUGGAUCGCCUCCCUGAUCUCGCUGACAUCACUGGCCGUAUCCGUGCCAAACUCAACCAAAAGGCAGACCUUCGUCGUGCUAUCGCCCGAGACAACUCUGCCGACUUCAAGGUCAUCAAUGGUGUCGAAGCUGAACGACUCCUCAAGACUGUCGAUGUCCAGCCUCGUGCUAAUUUCAAGUUCGACUUCCCUGCCCUUGAAUCUGCCAGCUCGCUUUCAGACUUGGCCCACCUCAAAGGGCUUAUCGAUCUCGAGAAGGUUGUCGUUGUUACUGGCUUCGGUGAAGUCGGACCUUGGGGCAGCUCUCGUACUCGUUGGGAGAUGGAGGCUCGUGGUGAAUUCACCAUUGAGGGAUGUAUCGAAAUGGCCUGGCUCAUGGGCUUUAUCAAGCACUUUGACGGCCGUCUCAAGGAUGGUUCGCUUUAUGUUGGAUGGGUUGACAGCAAGACCAACGAACCGGUCGAGGAUAAGGAUGUUAGAGGACGUUACGAAAAGGAGAUCUUGGAGCAUGCGGGUAUUCGAUUGAUUGAGCCUGAACUUUUCCGUGGCUAUGACCCCAAGAAGAAGGUCUUCAAUCAGGAGAUCGAGCUCACCCAUGAUCUCGAACCCAUCGAGGUCUCCGACAGCGAGGCGCAGAAGUUCAAAUUGCAGCACGGCGACAAGUGCGACAUCUGGGCAGGCGAAGGUGGACAAUGGUUCGCUAAAUUCAAGAAAGGUGCUUGCGUCUUUGUGCCCAAGGCCUUCUCAUUCAGUCGCACUGUGGCGGGUCAAGUGCCCACUGGCUGGCAUGCCGGCCGCUAUGGCAUUCCUGACGAUAUCAUCGCUCAAGUUGAUCGUUUGACUCUUUGGGCAUUAGUUGGUACUGUUGAGGCUCUCAACGCCUCUGGUAUCACCGAUCCAUAUGAGCUAUACAAACACAUGCAUCCCUCCGACGUUGGUACAUGUCUUGGUAGUGGUAUGGGUGGUACCGUCAGUAUGGGCAAGAUGUUCAAGGACCGUCGCGAUGAGAAGGAAGUUCAGAACGACAUCCUUCAAGAGACUUUCAUCAACACCACUGCUGGGUGGAUCAACUUGUUGAUUAUGUCUUCUUCUGGACCCGUCAAGAUUCCAGUCGGUGCUUGCGCCACUGCCCUUCAAUCCCUUGAGAUUGCUGCCGAUACUAUUCUCUCUGGCAAAGCAAAGGUCAUGAUUGCUGGUGGUUUCGAUGAUAUCAGCGAAGAGGGAUCCUACGAAUUCGCCAACAUGAAAGCAACCAGCAAUGCCGAGACUGAAUUUGCUAUGGGUCGUGAGCCAACCGAGAUGUCACGUCCUGCCACUACAUCUCGCGCUGGAUUCAUGGAAUCGCAAGGUGCAGGUGUACACAUCGUCAUGAAUGCCAAGACUGCUCUUGAACUCGGUGCUCCCAUUCGUGGUAUCCUUGCCUUCACUUCAACCUCCACCGAUAAAGCUGGACGUUCGGUUCCUGCUCCAGGUCGUGGAGCUCUGACUGUUGCCAGAGAAAUUCCCGCGAAGCAUCCUCGCCGCAUCUUGGACAUCGCUUACCGCUCACGUCAACUCUCUUUCCGUCGUAGUCAAAUCUCUCAGUGGCUCGCCCAUGAACACGCGCAGCUUACUGAAGAAGUUGAAUCUCUCAAAGCUUCGGGCGAAUCUGUUGACGAAGACUAUGUUUCAACGCGCGUCGCGAACAUCGAGAAAGAGGCCAAGCAGCAAGAAAAGGAUGCCCUUGCAAUGUACGGAAUGUUGGAGGGCUCUGAUCCUCACAUUGCUCCUCUCCGCCGAGCUCUUGCUGUUUGGGGCCUUACUGCAGAUGACAUUGGUGUUCUUUCUAUCCAUGGAACUAGCACCAACGCCAACGAGGAGAAUGAGACCCGCAUCUGGAAUGAUAUCUUUACCACCAUUUCGCGAUCUCCAGGGAAUGCCUGCCCCAUCGUGGCGCAGAAGAGCAUUCUUGGACAUGCCAAGGGUGGAUCUGCUGCCUGGCAAGCUGCUGGUCUUUUGCAGUCAGUCAUCACGGGUGUAAUUCCAGGGAAUCGCAAUAGCGACAACAUUGACUCUCACUUCCAAGAUCGCCACUUCUUGAUGUUCCCCUCGAAGACGAUUCGUACGGAUGGAAUCCGCGCAGGUGUUAUGUCCUCCUUCGGUUUCGGUCAAGUCGGUGGAACGGCCAUGUUCAUUCAUCCUCGUUACCUCUUUGGCUCUCUCGACUCUGCAUACUACAACGAAUACAAACAGAGGAAUCGUCUCCGUGGCCUUCAGUCCUAUAAAGCGAUGAGCGAGAUGAUGAUCAAGAACUCCUUGGUCAAGAUCAAGGAUCAUCCGCCAUACCAGGGUGAUAUGGAGGGCAAAGUUCUUUUGAACUCAGUCGCUAGGGCAUCCUUGGACCCCAAGACAGGCGAAUACACCUUCCGAGGAAAACUCCCUGAAGUUGCGACGUACGACACCGCUAACGUCAAGGCUGUUUCUGAUAUCAUUGCUGCCAAAAGCCUUUCUGAAGGCUCCCCCCUCGGAGUUGGUGUUGAUCAAGAGCUGAUUUCUUCCGUGCCUACGCAUAACCCUACAUUUAUUGCUCGUAAUUUCACCGACGCUGAGAUUUCAUACUGCCAAUCUCAACCCUCUCCUUCAUCAUCGUUCGCUGCACGUUGGGUAGGCAAAGAGGCUGUGUUCAAAUCCCUUGGUGUCAAAUCCAAAGGCGCCGCCGCUGCCAUGAAAGACAUCGAAAUUAUCAAUGACGAAUCCGGUGUUCCUACUGUACGUCUGCAUGGCGAGGCCAAGAUCAAGGCCACAGAAAAGGGGGUUUCCAAGGUUUUGAUUUCCCUAAGCCACUCUGAGACUGUUGCUAUUGCGUUUGCCCAGGCUACCUCAUGA